GAAGUAUAUACAUUUGUUGUCGAGCAUCGACCAAAUAUGAAAGUGCAAAUUUCGGUGGUAUUUGUACUGAUUCUAAAUUCAGCAUGGGGAACUCGGUUAGAAUCGGUUCCCUUUAAGUUUUACGAAGAAUUAAGUAUCGAGAGCGAAUCAGUAACGGAGCAAUGUCGCAAUUAUGUAAAAAUUGUACUAGAUGGAGUGAAGAAUAUGAACAGUUCAGCUUUAAAAAUGGUUGAUUCGACGGCAAAAAUCCCUUCGGGAAUGCUAAGAGGUAAUGUGAAUCAAUUUGGAGACUUUGACGAAUGUAUCAACAUCGAUGACAAUGAACUUACAGGUAAAUACUGUCUAGCAGCAAUUCAAUUUAAAUUACAUUAUUUCGAUGAUGAAAUCCAUGCUUACCAUCAACUAAAGAAUAAUUUAACUGAUCUAAAUCAUCGUAUACCAAAAUUUUCUACUAUUUAUUGGGGUGUAUGUGUACCAUCUACUUGUACUCCAGAUGAUGUUUCUUUUGCUAUUAAAUCAGCGACUGACGGCUUAAUCGACUUGGAAGUACUUGUUGAAAACGAUUUGUGCCAGCAGAAACGUAUUCCUGUAGAUCAGAAAACUCCACUUUGGUUAACUUUAUUUUUUGCCAUAUUAUUUGGAUUUUUGACGUCGGUUGGACAAGGAGUAAUUUUUUGUUCAGAAGAAAUAGACCCUGAUCUCCAAAAAUGUGCACCUUUUAUACUUCGGCUUACUAGAGCCUUAAGAAAUUCAUUUUCUCCGUCGAACAAUAUUAAAAUGCUCUUUAGCCCAACAUCCAAUAGCAGCUUAAGAAGCAUUGAUGGGAUUCGAGUUUUUAAUAUGGUAGCCCUACUACUAUCUCACAUGACAAUGGCUAAGUUAUUUUUACCUUACCUGAACAAAACUGAAUUGUCCGAAAAUAUGUCGAAACCUUGGUAUGUAAUUGGAAGAGUAGCUGCUCUAUACACGGAUUCUUUCUUGAUCAUCAGUGGUUUACUGGCGGCUUAUACGCUUAGCAGAUCAUCGCCAUUUAAAAAUAUUAUCUCACGCUAUGUGCGUUUAACUGCUACUAUGGCCGUUGUAAUAACUUAUAGUACAAUUUAUUUGCCUGGAAUGAAUAAUGGCCCCAUGUGGAACAUGGUUAUAACUAAACCCGUAGAAAUUUGUAAUAAAAAUUGGUGGAAAAAUGUAUUGUACAUUCAAAAUUGGUUUGGUUUUGAAAAUAUGUGUUUUACAAAUACUUAUCAAUUAGCUGUUGAUUUUCAACUUUAUAUCUUAGCAAUUCCUUUGAUUUACUUGCUACGCAAACAUAAACCAUUGGCUAUAUCUAUAAUUACGACUUUAAUUACUUUUUCGACAAUAAAACGCUAUCAGGUUGUCAAAUCAAAUGAAUUGGCUUCCCUAGUAUAUUUUGGUGUUAAUUUUUCACAAUUACACAAAACGUUUAAUUUGACUUACACAUCAUCCUCACAUCGUGCGACUGUUUACUUAAUGGGACUACUAGUUGGUUAUUGGAUGCAACAAAAAGGCCGCCUUAAUCUUACUCCAGCACAAGUGAAAAAGACUUGGUUUGUAGCGAUCAUAUGUGGCUUAUUAGCUAUUUUUGGACCUUAUCCGUUAUCAAACAAGAGUUAUGUGUACAACUCAACGCAUUUAGCUCUAUUUAAUUCUAUUUCGCCAAUAUUGUGGUCCAUUUUUAUUCUAUGGCUGAUAAUUGCAAAUAACAAUGGUUAUGAUGGUUGGUUUGGUAAUAUUCUGUGCUGGUCAGCUUUCACGCCAUUAUCUAAAAUAUCCUACGCUGUUUACCUAGUGCAAUAUCCAGUGUUCUUUUAUUUUGUUGGGACUGCAAGAGGUUCAUCCUUUUAUAAUAUCACAUCGAUAUUUGAUAUAAGUCAAGUUAUAAUUAUUGGACUUUUAUCUACUUUAUUAACAUUGACAGUUGACAUGCCGUUCCAAAAAAUCGGUAAAUAUAUUGCAGAAGGACAUUAUGGAAAAAUUAAGCUCUACUAAUUAACGUUAUAAAUUGUGAUUUGUAUUAAUGUUAUACCAUUGUAAUUAAAAUGUUAUUAUAAAAAUAACUAUAAACAUUUA